UGAUUAGCACACAAACGAUCGAUACCGAUAUCGGUGAAUCCGGAUCGUCGACGAUAUGUGGCGAGGACCUCUCCUGCUUACUAUUUUCGCGUGUCGCGGUUGGACUGCGGCUAUCGAUGACGUCGGCGUCGUCAGCGUCGAGUCGAUUCGUCGGGACGUUCGAGAAGCGGCACCAUUAACUUUUACCAUUGCUACGGAAGUCGAGGAUCUCCUUGGCGCAGGAAACGCGCCAGGAAAGGAUCGUGCUCCCAAAAAGCACGUGAAAAAUGUCUCUGGGAAAUCAGACGAGGGAGGAUACUAUAAGACGUACGGCAGCGACGCCGAGGGCGAGAAGGGUUACAUGACGGCAACCUACAACAAGGGCAAUCACGGCUAUAAGAUCCUCGACACUUUCCACAAGCAGGAUGGCGACAAGUACGCAUUCGAGAAGUACGCUGCCUACGGCGGAGAGCAUGGCGACAAGAAAAGUAGCCACCACGACGAUGCUGGCUCUCGUUCCAGGAAAAGCGGUGAUCACGAGGGUGCAGGUACCAUCGUCGAUACUCGCUACACAGCUGACGAGGGGGACCAUGACGAUCAGGGCAAUGAACAAGUCGAAGCCAGUGAUCACGGCAGCUAUGCUCACUAUACGGAUCAUGGACCAGAAUCCUCGAGUUACGGUCAUGGUGAAAGCUAUGCGGAUGGAGAAGGAAACGACGGUUCUUACGAAACCCACAGCUCCUACUCGAGGAACUACGGCGACGAACAUGGAAACCAGGGAAACCAUUACUAUUAAUCCUUGCCGGCUGGAUUGGCCUCGAAUUGUCAGCCAUUUUACUCAAACAGUCUCCGCGUAGGGUGUCGAGGAAAGUUUUCUACGUUCAUGUUCGAUGUCGAGUAAUGUUUCGGUAAAAAUGUAAUCGUAUAAACCGACCAACUGAAGUUAGCGUUAAUAUCGAGUACAACUUUUAUUAGAUCGCCGCAUAUUUUUGUCUCGAUGCAACCGACACAAUUAAAGAUAAAUCCGUUAAAAAUGAACAGUCACGAGAACAAUCGUUAAUAAUAAUAAUGUCGAUUGUUUAUGUCUUUUAAUGGAAUUGUGAUUGGUGUGUUGUCACGGUCGUUCACCCAUGGACGGC